AUGGCUAUGUUCUCGUUUUCUCUUGACCAGCGAACCUUUGCAGACCAGAACACUGCUGUCGAUGAAUCUAUUGGGCCGGCUGCAGCUCUCGUCUUCACGACCGGCUUUGAGUCUGGCUAUAACCUUCCAACUGCGCCAUAUGACGAGUCCGACGACCCAUUUGAGAUCUCUUCUCAUUAUAUACAUAAUGGCGGUGGCGUCGGAGAUGUUCAGUCUCAGAACUUGCACGACACUCAAUUACCAGAAAACUUCAAUUUCUCCGGACAGACGGAACCUUCAGAUGUCGGCCUAUCGCAUCUCAUGGUCGACGGCUUGUUUCAACUCCGCCCAGGUUAUCCCACUCAGUAUGGCUAUGCCGAACACCCUGCGUCGGACUCGCACGACCUUGUCGAAGGAGGAUAUGUGAACACUCAAUCCUCCACACUGUUUGGAAAUCAUCUGGAUAGCGCUCUGUCCAACGCGUUUGAACAGGUCUUUCCCAAUGGCCUCACGAUUCAUGAUUAUCAAUCUAGACAUACUUUCGAGACGAGUCCCAUACGGCAAAAUGAAUUCAACCCAGCCGGAACGGCUACUGGGAACAUGCGGCUUAUCACUGUUCCACCAAUUCAACCCAGAGAUGCGUUAUUUGGCCCCAUGGCGGGACCCAUUCAAGAGCAUACGCCUGUCCAGGCAGACGAUGGGCAUAAUGAAGUCAGCGAUGGAGUUGAAGGUGAACAGGACGGCUCUACUGUGUUCAAUUCUACCUAUACCCCUGGAGCACGGACUAAGACAUGGUAUGAUGGCCAAGGAACGAUUCAUCCCAAGCUGGAACAGGCCCCUCUUCUACCAGGAGACGAUAAGAUUUUAGGGAUGCUCAAGGCACUUCCACUACCGAUAGGUACCAUAGUUCAAGCUGUGGUCCAAUUGGAUUGGUAUCAAAACAAGGGAAAGGAAGAGGUCCCAGACGAGUAUAAGGAGGCCCUUCGGCAAAUGCCGACUGCCGAGAUGCAGCAGAGCAUAUUUUCCUUGUUCCUUGAGAUCAAGCGAAGUCGGGGUAGGCCAAGAUAUCACUGUCGGAUUUGCACCUGGACGGAGGGUGGAUGGAAAGGCGAAUCAUCGUCCACCAGGGCUCUUGGACAUGUACGCAAAGUGCACUUUAACCGAUGCUCCGAAGAAGGUUACUCCAACGCGAAGACCAAGCAAGACGUUCAGAACGUUCGUGAAAGGAAUUCCAAGGGCCUCGUAUGUAAAAUUUGCGGCUGCGGCUACACGGUUCAGAAUCGAUCGCGCCAUAUGAAGCUCCAUAUGCGUGAUGAGAAACAUACAAAGAAGCCCACUUCAAAGAAACCUCACAUGGGGAAGGCCACUCGACGUCCCCCCUCUGGAUCCAACUCUUAA